AGUCUCACCUCACUCCGUCCCUCCGGCGUCGUCUUCCUCCGCCAGCGCCGCCCCUCCUUCUGCGAUUCCUCAUCGACGUCGCCGUUCUUAGUUGCUCCCGUCAUCUUGAGUACAGAGGCUGCAUGCUGCGAUUGGCGUCAACUGCUUCAUAGAAAUCAGAUUCUUCCCAACUGCACAUCAUAGGGUGCGUUGACCCAGUCUGGUCUGAAAUCUUUGUCGUGCUUCUGAGGUAUCUGACAUCGGUUGUGAUGCGGCCUUGGUGCUUUGUGUCCUGCCUCUUCGCCAUUAGUGGCCUUGGCCUGAGUUUGGACAAGAAUAUUGUCAGUAGAUGCCAAGAUCAGAAAGCAAGAUAAUAAAGAAUCAGAAACUGUAGAAGACAAAAACAGCAUUUAUAUCCUAGAGUUCUAAAACAGAUGGGAAUCUUGUGGAUUACAUAGUGUGACAAGAAGUCCUCCCUCUUCCUCACUCUGCCAUGGGGAAACUUCAUCUGCUAGCUCUGCUUCUUCCUGUACUUCUUGGGUUACCUCUGUUGUACAUCUGUGAGAUACUAUGGCUGAGGCCAGAGAGGAUAAGAAAGAAACUAAGGAAGCAAGGUGUGAGGGGUCCCAGGCCUACUUUGCUCUAUGGCAACACCCAGGAGAUAAAGAGGAUCCGACAAGAGGCAUUGCCUGCGCAGAAGCAAGACACCAGUAACUACAUGUCCACCCUCUUUCCUCAGUUCAUGAUCUGGAGGGAAACAUAUGGGUCGGUAUUCCUCUACUCAACAGGAGCUGUGGAGAUUCUGUAUGUUUCUGACCCUGGCAUGGUCAAGGACAUGAGCCACUGCACAUCAUCUGAGCUCGGAAAGCCUAUUUUUAUACAGAAAUCUCGCAAACCACUCUUCGGUGAAGGCAUCUUGGUGGCAAAUGGCAAUAUAUGGGCCUAUCAGAGAAAGAUCAUUGCACAAGAGUUCUUCAUGGAGAAGAUUAAGGUCAUGAUAGAACUAAUAGUGGAGGCUUCUGCCCCACUGCUAGAAGCAUGGGAUAGUAUGCUUGACGGCACGGGAGGGAGUAGAGAGAUAGAUGUGGAUGGUUAUUUGCGGAGUUUUUCGGCGGAUGUAAUCGCCAGGGCAUGUUUUGGCAGCAAUUUCGCAACAGGGGAAGAAAUAUUCUACAAGCUCAGGCAGCUUCAGAAGGCGAUUUCUCAGCAAGAUGCACUUGUUGGAUUAUCCGCAGUGUGGAAGAGUUUGCCGACCAAGGCCAAUCGAGAGAUACAAAAGCUGGAGCAAGAAGUUCGGUUACUCAUCCUGAAUGUCGCAAAGGAACACAGCCGUGGCAGCAGCAGCGAACACGACGAUUGCAUAAAGACUAAACACAAUGGCCUUCUCCGCUCGAUUGUCAAUAGUGCUCGCCAUUGUCCGGCCAGCUUCCGUGGCAGCGCCGAGGACUACAUCGUCGACAACUGCAAGAGCAUCUACUUUGCUGGGCACGAGACUACAGCCGUCACCGUCACCUGGUGCCUGAUGUUGCUGGCCACACACCCGGCGUGGCAGGACCGUGCCCGUGCCGAGGCUCUAGAGGUGUGCCGUGGAGGCACAGAGCUCGACGUCGACGUCCUCCGGCGGCUGAAAACGAUCACCAUGGUGAUCCAGGAGACUCUCCGGCUGUACCCUCCGGGGUCAUUGAUUAUGCGCGAAGCGCUGAAGGACUUCAAGCUCGGUGGGCUCGACAUCCCACGGGGGACGAUCAUCCAGAUAGCCAUAGCAAUGCUGCACCUCGACAAGGAUGUUUGGGGCCAGGACGCCGGUGAGUUCCGGCCUGAUCGGUUUGCGAACGGCGCCGCUGCGGCGUGCGAGCCGUCACACAUGUACCUGCCGUUUGGGCACGGGCCCAGAAUUUGUGCUGGGCAGAACCUGGCGAUGAUGGAGCUGAAGGUGGUGCUCGUGCGCCUGCUGAGCAAGUUCGCCUUCGCACCGUCGCCCGGGUACCGGCACGCGCCGUUGUUCCGGCUCACCGUCGAGCCUGGGUUCGGCAUGCCUCUUGUCGUCACGAAGCUUCCAUGAUCUCUCUCACUGCCAUCUGUGGCAAGAAGGUGCCGCGCCUGAUGAAAACAGUGACGCCACCACUCCACUGUGUUUGUAAUCGGCAAGGCGGUGCUUUCGUCGGUACUUUCUGCGGCGCAAGAUUCAGUAAGUUCAGAAAACACUGGCAAAGCAAGGUAUGGUUAUUGAUGACAUGGUACCCGUAUCUCCCCCAAAUGAUAUUUCUUGGACCCUGAUAAGUGUCACACCUAUGGCACGAACACAUGACAACUUCGAACGUUUUUUAUGGCAAGUUUAGUGACGCGAGGAUGGCGACUUUAGUUGUCAAGCAUGACAACUUUCUUUUCGAAUGGCAAGUUUCUGUUUUUUCUUUGGAUUUGUUCUCUUUUCGGAUGACAACUUUAGUUGUAAAAACCGUCGUCGGGGCCGGAGUGCUUCAUGCCACACGUGUGGCACUUAUCAUUUAGGUAUUUCUUUUGUUA